GGAUCUCUCAUCCAAUUCCCUCAGUGGCAACAUAUUCAGUGACUUUGAAUUGCUUGAUCGCCUCAACUAUCUAAACCUUUCUGAUAAUGAUCUCAGCGGUGAGAUUCCAGCUGAGAUUGGAGGCUUCACUUUAUUGAAGUACUUUGACGUCUCUGGCACCAACCUCGUAUGCCCACCUGACUACUCCGCCUGUGGCACAACACAAUCUCCCAACGCAGCCUUUUGUGGCACAUGUCAAUCCUUCUGCAAGACUUGCUACCAAUCUGCAGGAGGUGCGGGUACAGUGUCAUUGGGCGCCAUCAUUGGCAUUGUUGUUGCCGCUAUGGUCAUUCUCCUACUUCUUGGUGCAACUCUGCUUUACUUCACACACAAGAUCAAGCUGAAACCACAAGGCUCGGGGAGCAGCCUGGCAUCCUCGCACUGCACCGAAUUCUCACUAGCAGAAGUCCUCAAGGCCACCAAUGACUGGUCCGAGGACAACCAGCUGGGCUCGGGUGCCUUUGGCGAUGUGUACAAGGGUGUGUCUCCCCGCGAUGGCAUUACCAUGUGGGCUGUCAAGCGCGCCAAGCUGAUCGACGUGGACUUUCAGAAAGAGAUCCAGCAGAUGGCCGACAAGAACCAUCCCAACAUUGUGAAGCUCCUUGGAUUUGCGAUCGGAGGAGACUUGAGGACUCGGCCAGAGCAAGUUCUGAUCUAUGAAUAUGUGCCCAAUGGCGACCUUAACAGAUGGAUUGGUCCAAAGGCAUCCUGCCCUCUGACUCUGAAGCAGCGGCUGGACAUUCUCAUCGGCUUGGCACGGGGCUUCGAAUACCUCCACGGCUUUGGCAUCGUGCAUCGCGACAUCAAGCCUGCCAACGUCCUCAUCACCAACAGCAUGCAGGUGAAGAUUGCCGACUUUGGUCUGCUGAGGAUGGGGGAGGGCACAACCGUGGGCACAACGCGCAUCAUGGGCACACCGGGCUAUGUGGAUCCGGUCUACUCCAUCACGUCCAAGGCCACUGCAGCCAGCGAUGUGUACAGCUUUGGAGUGCUCAUGUUGGUGGUCCUCACGGGACGAGAGCCAAUCUCGGAAACUGCUGGAGAGAGCUGGAAGAUCACUCCGUGGGUGGCGGAGUGCCUGUCCAAGAAUGACGUGGGGAGCCUCAUGGACCCCACCAUGGACGCCCCUGCUGAAGCUGUGCUGCGAGUGGCUCAGAUCUCCCUCGCCUGCACUGGAGAGCGCACUGCAGACCGCCCAAGCAUGCUGCAGGUUGCCAACGAGCUGCAGGCCAUUCGCGAGGCAGUGGGGGGGAAAGAGGUGCUGUGUGCUGCAGUCAAGGUGGAUGCGCAGGUGCAGGAGAUGAAGGAUGUUGUCGCCGGUGUCGCAAGCCUCGACACGGAAAUUAUGAAGAUUGGAGAGCAGGCCUCAGGAUAA